CAAAGGCGACUCCAUACCUGGGGAUAGAACCCGAGACCUAAAUUCCCUAAUAUUGAGGUUGAAAAAGAAUCCCUAAUAUUGAUAAAUAACAGAUUCUGUUGUAGUACAUGAUAUAUAGGCCUUUCUUCCAUUUCAUUUUAGCAACAAGGCAGUGUGGAGACAGGAAAGAGUUGAAUAACAUUGCUCAACCAUAUAACAGCAAAUUAAGGCAUCAAAAUCUGAUGUUUUAUCUUAAGACACAUCGAAGAAUAUCUGCUUAUUGCAUUUUUAUUAGAAAGCAAAUAUUUAUCACUAAAUACAAGAUUAAAUAAUGAAUAACAGGUCUUUGCAGUCACAUGAGGACAAAUUAAAACUUGUUAUCCAUGGUUGAGUAUUGAAUGCAUAUAGCAACCUGCACCAGACAGUAUCUGGAUAAGUAAAAAUGACCUCAUAAUCACAUGUAGUUGUACCUAUGGGACAUACCCAAAUUGGUAGGGUGGAUAUGUCAGCAUGAACAACUAAUAAGUCGUUGUGACAACAGGUAAAGAAUCACUCUUGAUUUAAUCAUUGAGGGCCAAGAAGAAACUACCGGCUUCAUCGCCAAUGUAUUCUGAAAGAUUAGUCAGGUUCUAGUACAGAUUGCGGAUGAUAGAUCAGUAAUUAGCAUUUCCAAAGCUAGAUAUAUAGACAUUUUUGCACAUAGUUAAGAGGCGAACGGAAAUCCAACCGGGAAGCUGUAUCCUCUUAUCUACUAAAUUGUCCGUUGGGAAUGAAUCCCCCAUAUAAUUGAUUGAACUGACUGAAAAUGAAAUUAUUUCUUUUCUAAAUUUAUGGCCCUUCUCUAGAAGGCAUGUAAUAACAAUGUUCGUAAUGAUUACUGCUUUCUCAUAGUACUUUAAUAUUUCAGGAAAUGUAGUUUAACAUUUCAGCAUGGUGGGUUAUGCAUUGUCCCAGGACCAAGAGAAUUACUGUUUGAUUCGCUAAGAUGUUAUAGAAUGUAAGUGUUCCAGUCAAUAAUUUCAUGUGUUGACUUCUAUGUCUUUUGGAAAUCUUUUGAUAAAUAUCAUAACCCCAUAUGAAGUUAUCAGUAUUUAGUACAUGUAUAAAAGAAUGGAGGAAUUUAUAAUAGAAUGGGUCUACGUAGAAGUACGCGGUUUUGAGCAAGAAACUAUGUCCUAUGCCGUCAAUGUGUUGUUAAAUCAAAGAAACUUCCUCUAUCUUACAGCAGCAAGUUGAGGAGCAAACAUAGAUCUCUGCUCCAGUAAUGUAAAGCAAUCGAGUAUGCUGGCAUACAUUCUUAGUGAUAAUUUUGGUCCCACACUGUUGGGAUGCUACUACAGAUGAUUAAUGCUACUACAAAUAAUUAAUGAACAAACUUCUCUGACGAAUCCCCAUACAUAUAAGUCAGAGAACUCCUUUGCAAAAACCAUAAGCCUCUUUCUUCACACUACAUAUCAAUUAAAGUUUGUUUUCAAUUUCUUCCAGCACUCUUACCACAUAAAAGUUGAAGAGAAGUUUAUCGAUCAUGAGGAAUCAUCUCAAGACAAUCUUUCAUCAUGCUAAACACAAUAUUCUUCUGCGGCGAGGAUCAACUGCAACCACUUCAUCAACAUCGACAAAGUUAACAGAUGUUCCGAAGGGUCACAUGGCAGUUUAUGUUGGAGAAAACCAUAAUAAUAAGCAUAGAUUUGUGGUUCCUGUCUCUUGCUUGAAGCAUCCUUCGUUUCAAGACUUGUUGAGGCAUGCAGAGGAGGAAUACCUAUUUGAUUAUCCAACGGGGGGCCUUACUAUCCCAUGUAGCGAGACUGAAUUUCUCUAUAUCACUUCUCACUUAAAUGUCAUCACCAAUUAAUAAAGGAGCGCAGAAGUAUAGUUCUUCAAUCUGUACCAUCAUGUAUAUUUGUAGGUUAGAAGUUUACUAGUUCAUAGAUUACUGCAAUCCUAACUUCCCUGGAUUUUUUGGAUAUAUUUUCUUGUCACUCUAUGUCCAGUUCAGUAUAACAAUGCAAGACUUGUUUAAGCCAAUA